AUGACUAUUAAAAUUACUGGAAAUCUCAAAUCAACUUGUACCCUACGUAUUAUCACUAUUAUUAACGAAUUAGGCCUCGAGUUUGAACUUGAGCAACCAGAAUGGACAACUAUGAAGUCGCCUGAAUAUCUUAGAGAUAAGCAUCCUUUCGGAAAAAUUCCUGUACUCCAUGAAGAUGGCUACCAAAUUUUCGAAUCACGAGCAAUCGUGCGGUAUCUAGUGGCCAAACACAAAUCGUCCCUCGCCCCAACAGACCCACAAAAACUCGGCGUCCUUGAACAAUUCCUCUCGGUCGAAUACUCGUAUUUCGAUCCCGCGUUCUCUUCCUGGGUGGCCGAAAAAGUAUUCAAACCAGCAUUCGGUCGUGGCCAACCAGACCCUGUAAAACUAGAAGAACUCACGAAAAAGGCAGACAGCGUAUUAGAUGUCUAUGAGAAAUUGCUGGUCGGCAAAGAUUAUUUGACUGGUGAAUACUCAAUCGCGGAUAUUGUGCAUCUACCAUAUUUCAGUUAUGCUAUUAAUAACGGAUAUGAUAUGGGCGAUAGACCGAAUGUUAAACGUUGGUGGACAAAUAUUAGUGAGAAACCUGCUUGGAAGAAAGCAAUUGCUGGUGCUCAAUAA